UUCCAAUAAAAGUUUGUAGUUCGUUAGAAAGUAACAUUUCAGUGAGAACAGCUUUGAGCAUCGGAGACAGACAUCCCACUCAAGCUGGACGGGACGACCCACGCAAACAAAUAAAGUGUUGAGGUAAAAUAGCAAGGAUGGCUGACGGAGCAAAGCUGCAGAGGAGCCUGCUCCUGCUCCUGCUCCUGCUGGGUCAGAGUUGGUUCAUCACAGGUCAGCUUUAUGACUAUCACUAUAUUGAACAGAAGAAGAGCUGGACUGAAGCUCAGGAAUACUGCAGAGAACACUACACUGAUCUGGCCACCAUCUCCAACAUGACAGACAUGAAGAGACUCAACGACUCAGCAAAGAACCGUAAACAAUCUGCCUGGAUUGGGCUGCACAGCCCAGAGGAUGGUAACCGCAUCUGGCACUGGUCUCUGCCUGGUCUGGAGCUCAAUGAAAGUGAGGUAGCAUGGGGCAAUGAUGAACCAAGCACAAAAGAGGAGAAUUGUGGAGCGAUAAGGAAAAACCUUACGUUGUUAGAUUUGUCCUGUCAUGACAAGAGGAGUUUUAUCUGCUAUGAUGAAAGGAACAAAACACAGAGAUUCUUUUUCAUUAAUCAAUCGAUGACCUGGUUAGAGGCUCAGAGCUACUGUAGGGAGAAUCACACAGACCUGGCCAGUGGACCGGACCAGUUAAAGGACACGCAGCUGCAACAGCUACUGGAGCAGGAGAUAUACCAUGCGUUCAUUGGUCUGUACAGAGACACCUGGAGGUGGUCAGAUGGGAGCAGUUUCUCUUUCAGACACUGGAGACCUAAGUCUUACAUUAGCAAUAAAUAUAUUCCGUAUGUCAUGGUGGAGGAGAAUGGCAGAUGGCAGACAACCUGGAAUAGUAUCCCAAGAAAACCCUUCUUCUGUUAUGAUGAUAAAGUGAUCCUGGUCCAACUAAAUCUGACCUGGGAGGAUGCCUUGUACUACUGUAGAGAAAAUCACCGUGACCUGGUCUCCAUCAACGACCUCAAUGACCAGAGAUGGGUCCAAGAGAAAGUCAAGAACGCCACCACUGAAUAUGUCUGGACGGGGCUGCGCUACACCUGCACUCUGGAUUUCUGGUUCUGGGUCGGUGGUGAAGUGGUCACGUACCAGAACGUGGACCCGGGUCAGAAGGGGGACCACUGUGACAUGUCUGGAGCCAUGCAGAGAGCUGGAAAACACAAGUGGUUCAAAAAGAAUGACAUGAACGAGUUUAACUUCCUCUGUUCUGAGUGGUAAACCCACUGUGACCACUGCUGACAUUCAUUUAUUAGUUUUGAUCUUAGGAUUUCUUUGUGUGUGUUGCUGAAAUGAUUUUAGACAUGUAUAAUAAUUGUAACUUAAAGUAGAAAGAGAUGAAGUCUAUUAAAUAAUAGAUGAUGGCUAUAAUAUUUUUUGUAGAGAGGUUGAAGUAACAUUUUCUGUGUUUUCAACUUGUGUCGUCUUAAACUUGGACAUGUAUGUUGAAAUAGGUAAAUCUAUUCUGAUCACUGCUGGCAUUCAUUGAUUAGUUCUGUCUUUGGGUUUCUUUUUUGAUAUCUAGAAAUGAGAACGUUUGGAAAGAGAAACCUCUACUUAGAUAACAGCUGAUGCAGGAUAUGAAUUUCUAGAGAUGUUUAGGUUGCAUGUUCUGUGUAGUUUUGUUUUACAGGUUUCCUAUUAAGCCAAGGAAUUGCUAUGUCUCAACUUUUCUUUGUUAUUGAUCUGGUGAUGGUUAUGUUUGUAUAAAAUCAUCCAUUUUGGGAUUGCUG